AGGCGCAGUGGGUUGGGUGGCAGCAGCAUCAAGUAGCCGGCGUUUUGGCAGCAGCAUCCGCAACAGGUGUAGACAGGUCCCGCCUGACUCCGCCCUGGAAAGUCCUUUUGAAGAAAUGGCCCUGGUGAGGGGCGGCUGGCUGUGGAGACAGAGCUCGAUCCUCCGCCGCUGGAAGCGGAACUGGUUCGCCCUGUGGCUGGAUGGGACCCUGGGCUACUACCAAGAUGAGACCGCGCAGGAUGAGGAGGACCGCGUGCUCAUCCGCUUCAAUGUCCGUGACAUAAAGAUCGGCCAAGAGUGCCAGGAUGUGCAGCCCCCAGAGGGCCAGAGCCGAGAUGGCCUGCUGACCGUGAACCUACGGGAGGGCCCCCGCCUGCACCUGUGUGCGGAGACCCGGGAUGACGCCAUAGCAUGGAAGACAGCGCUGCUGGAGGCGAACUCCACCCCGGCCCCAGCUGGAGCCACCGUCCCUCCCAGGAGCCGCCGGGUUUGCCCCAAGGUCAGGUGUGUGACCCACUCGUGGAGCCCCUGUAAGGUUGAGAGGCGGAUCUGGGUGCGUGUCUACAGCCCGUACCAGGACUACUAUGAGGUGGUGCCCCCCAACGCGCACGAGGCCACAUAUGUCCGCAGCUACUAUGGACCGCCCUACCCAGGCCCCGGCGUGACGCACGUAGUAGUGCGGGAGGAUCCCUGCUACAGCGCGGGCGCCCCGCUGGCCAUGGGCAUGCUCGCCGGGGCCGCCACGGGUGCAGCGCUCGGUUCGCUCAUGUGGUCACCCUGCUGGUUCUGAGCCCUGGGACUCGGAGCGUGGACCCUGCGUGUAGACCAACAGACCCCUUUUCCUCCUUGACUCAUCCUCUACCAUCUAAGCCCUGACCCACUUUGGCCCCUUCAUCUCCAUUAGCCCCUUCUAGGCUAGGAUCAUCUCUCCACACAGCACCCCAACCCCCCAUCGGAAGAAGCUGUCGUCCCAGACACCAACAUAGCCCAAAGUCCUUAUAUCUACCACUAGACACCCCAGAAAUCCAUUAUAGACCCAUAUGGAUAUGUUUCUCCCAAACACAUCAGGGUACAGAAAACACAACUCACAGUGGCUUCAGGUUCCUCAGGCGCUGGAGACAAGAGAGUCAGGUUCUUUCCUCCGGCAGCUCCAGGCUUGGUGGGGAAAACAGCAGUAAAUAAACACUUGACAAGGCAGAGUUAUCAAUCCUUUGACACAUGAGAGCAGAGAGAGACGAAAGUAGGCUAGGAGUAAGGUUGUUGGCAAGAGUGCAGAGCCGUGAACAUCAUGUCAUGUCCACGGAAUGGGGAGUUCAAUUGGGCUGGGGUUGGGGCAGGAGUCAGAUCAUGAUGGCCUUCCAGGCUAAGGAGCUUGCUGGGUAAGGGGGGAGAUGUGAGUUCUUUGGAGGGAAGUUUCAUGAUUGCGCCUAUAAUGAAUAUAUUGCCUGUUUUGUUAAUACUGACACAUACCCAAAUCCAAACCACUCCCUGGGGUUAGCCCUAUCCUUCCCACUACCAGCUUCCUGGGUCUCCUGUUCCAUCAGUGCUCAGAAAGCACCUGUUUCCCAUGUCAGGGUGCCUGGACAGCAAUUGAGCUGAACCUGGGGUCCCCUUUCCGGGGGUAGGUGAGCUCUGUUUGGGACCUCUAGCCCUAGGACGUUGCCUCCAUCAGGAAAUGCAUUUCUGGUCCCCAGGAGCUUGGUCCUCUGUCCAUAGCUGUGGCUGUCACCAUCUCUGGCUUUGUCUCUUCCUUCUCUCUGGGGAAGAUGGCAGUGUUUGCCUCUGGGGCCUGAUCCAACUCUGUCUCAACCCACGAGGCCCCACAUGUGCCCACGUGGCCCAGCCAUCUCCCCAUUUGGUCCCCUUCUGGUUUCCUCCCCCAUCCUGUCCCAAUCACCAACAGAAGUGCUAACAUCCCUGCCCAGUAGCCAGAGUAGCCUGCUCAAGUUCCCUAGUAGAUAGGGGCUCCAGUGGCCCUGCUGCAGAGACUAAUAAAGGUGUGGUUGGCUCUAGCGCUGGCUUUGGCUUUGUCUGUUCCUCCAGGGGCCCUGUUUCCCUAGGACAUCUCCCUGACUCAGCACCUACUAGUGCCUUCUCUAGUCUAGGGAAAAGAGUGUGGAUUCUGAGGUCAGGUAGAACUGGUGACAGCAUGUUAGCUGAGCAAUUUGGGGCAAAUCAUGUAACCUCUCUAGAUCUUGCUUUCCCCACCUAUAAGGUGACAGGUUGAAGUUGGCCAUACCUGAGGGCUUGAGAGGAGAGGAUGCAUCUGUCAUCUGAGCUGACAGGUGAUCCAGGCCGUUCCUUGCCUGCUUUCUGAGAGUCCUGUGGUGUUGGGGUCUUUAGUAGGUUCCUAUCCUUCUAAAGUUGAAUCAAUGAGUUGGUCUCAUAGAGACCAGGUGGCAAGGGAAGGAAACACAACCAUCUUGUAUCAGGCCUUUUGAGGCUGCAAGUGACAGAAACCCCCUGCUCAAACUGAUUUAAGCCUAAGAAGGGAAAACAUUGGGCCAGAUAACUGAGAAGUCCAGAAACUGCUUGGUCCAGGUACUCAAGCAGUGUCACUUAGACUUUGCUUUGUUUCCAUCUUUACAGCCACUAGUCUGGCUCAUUUAGAGGCUGCAGUGAUAUUCAGCAGCUCCAGACUAAUGCCCUCCUGCGUUCAAGUCUAGACAAGAAAGCUGCUCUU